AUGACCCGCGAAAAGGCUGGCAGACACAACAUGCUGACGGAAGAUGAGAUGUUGAAGAUCUGCUUCAACUGCCGGUCGCUUUUUCUGCAUCAACCGACGCUGGUCGACCUGAAGGGGCCGUUGAAGAUCUGUGGCGACAUCCACGGUCAAUUCACGGAUCUGCUGCAUCUGUUCGAGCUGUGCGGCAAGCCGGAGAAGACGAACUACCUGUUUUUGGGCGAUUACGUCGAUCGGGGCCGGCACAGUCUGGAGACGAUUGCUCUGCUCUUCUGUUACAAACUCAAAUAUCCAAAUCGGCUCUUCUUGUUGCGCGGCAACCAUGAGAGCGGCUCAAUCACGCGCAUCUACGGUUUCUACGACGAGUGCAAGCGUCGCUUCUCCAUCCGUCUUUGGCGCACUUUCAUCGACACCUUCAACUGCAUGCCGCUGGCAGCAAUCAUCGAGAACCAGAUCUUCUGUUGCCAUGGCGGCCUGUCGCCUGAGUUGUUCACGCACGAUUUGCAGACACUGGCCGAUCUGAAGCGGAAGAUACGUGGCGUCUCACGACCCUGCGACGUGCCUGACAGUGGCUUAUUGUGCGACCUUCUCUGGUCCGAUCCUUGGUACCUCGAGGCCAGUUCCGAUGGUCAGGAGCCGGCCGGUUGGCAGGCGAGUGAGCGCGGCGUCUCUUACAUGUUUGGUCCCAACAUUGUCGACCAGUUUCUGGAGCGGUACAGUCUCGACUUGAUUGUUCGAGCGCAUCAGGUCAUCGAGGACGGCUACGAGUUUUACGCUAACCGGUCUCUGGUCACCGUCUUCUCGGCGCCCAACUAUUGCGGCGAAUUUGACAACGCCGCCGCUGUCUUCUGCCUGUCACGCAGCCUCGACACUCACCCCUCGGGUAGACCAGGCCCGAGUCAGAUCACCGAGGCACAGCUCGCCUCGAUGCAGGAGAGCGAGUUGGAGGGCAGUUUCCAGAUUAUCCGAUCGGUGCCAGCGCGAAAACGCCGCACUCAUAAAAAGUGCUCCAACCUUACCAACCUCAGCAUAUGA